UUUUUUAUCGUUGCUACCGAAAGGUACUAUCAUUCCUCCUUGACUAUUCAUGAUGUUCACACCGAUAUCGUUUCGGAGCAUCGUCUUGCUGUCAUUAUCAGUUUAUAUUUCUCCAGGUGAAGGGGUAAGAGUAUGCCCGUCAUGGUUGGACUAUAUCAACCCAUUCAGUGCGGAAUGUUUCGAUAACCCAGAUGGCGAACCUGCUAAUGUAACUCAAAUAUUACAACGUUGGGGAUGCACCGUGGAGGAACACGAGUUGUUGACAAAAGAUGACUACUUCAUUCUGGUGGUUCGAGCUGUGAUGGGUUCAAUAACAAAACCUACCCCAAUUGUGAUGGGGCAUGGCCUCAACACCAACACCCUCUCCUUUGUAACUAUGUUCAACAAAACUCUAGCAUUCGAGCUUCUUCAAUCGGGAUACCAAGUUUUUUUCAUAAAUUUCCGAGGAACAAGGUAUAGCGACAGGCAUAAAACUCUAACAAAGGAUAAUGAGGACUAUUGGAAGUUCAGUUUCCACCAGAUGGGUGAAUUUGAUAUUCCUGCAGCGAUGGAUCUGGUUGAGAACAAAACCAGUGGGACAAAAGCAGUAUUUAUUGGUUUCUCCAUGGCUAAUACUGCUGUAAAUAUCUAUUCCAUUCUGUAUCCCGAAGAAUCUAAGAGUAGAUUAUCUGGUAUUAUAGAGAUGGCCCCGGUGGCUAAUCUAACUGGAAUGAGAUCCGCUCUCAAAUAUUUCACUCCACUUUAUCCUGUAAUAAAGAAUCUAGCGCACCUCAUAUGGCAUGGACAACUAUUACCAAUCAACAGAAGAAGGAACAAAUUUUGUUCAGGUAGUCUAUUUGGCCUUUUUCUCUGCUAUUCCAUAUUAGCUCUACUUUAUGGACCCCAUUACUCCAUGUUGGCUCCGGUAAGUAAUGUAUAUGUUGAAUGGGCAUAAUUUUUGUUCAGUUGUGAAAUAGUGGCUGCAUUCUUCCAAAUUUUUUAAAACCCUUGCAUUGCUAUCUCUACCAGUUUUUAUG